UAUGCGAUUGCGACAUAUGGAGACUCGACCACCAAAGAUAUACGGAACAAAGGCGAGAAUGAGAGUGUGGCAAUUGAAGGCACAAAAAGAUGCUGGCGAAUUCAGUCUAGGCCAGAUUUGGCUCGUUUGUCCCCAUAUAUAUCUGGACGACCAGCCAAGGGUUUUUAAUUUCUGGACGAGAGAUGCAUACAAGAUCCAUAAGUGUUACAAUCUCCACCACUGUCCAGGAUUUAUUAAGACCAGCCAAAAAGUUUUUAUUGGGGGUGCUAUUUCCCCAAUGUCAAUAUUCCCAGGCGCUCAGACUGAAUUAACUAUCCAAAUAUGGAAGGACUCGAAGCUCAGACUUUGGCGGUUGGGUGUCUGGUUUAGCAACAGCACAGUUGUUGAGUCAGUUGGGUAUUGGCUGACAAAGAUAUUCACCCAACUAAUCGAGUACGCAGAGGAGGUGCAGUGGUGCGGUGAAAUUACAAAUGGGAACAUCUCCCGCCAGCACACCACAACCCAGAUGGGAUCUGGAUAUUUUCCAGACAGCGGCUUUUGUACAGCCGCCUACAUGUGCGAUCUUGAAAUCGCAGGAAUCAUAGGUGAUUUCCAGCCAGUCUACGACCUCAGGUUAAGAGCAACUAACCCCAAAUAUUACAAUGUCAAAAAGGUGAACGAUACUUGUUUCUUCUUUGGCGGGCCAGAGUACGCGAGAGGUGUUAGUUUUAGAGUGGAGUUAGUGAUUCUACAUUUUAUUUUCCUCUUUUACUUCUUGGCUUAUAUAAUC